UCGCUUUCGAUGUUUACGGGGAGAAAUCUCAGACCGGUCGCGGCACUUCGAGCAAAGCGGGCCAGUGCCGCGCGCCGCGUUGACUUGCCAUCACGUGCGUACUUCUACACGUUCCAUCAACUUUUCGCGUCAAAAACCACAAACAUUUCGUGGUAGCGUCCUCAUUUACUUCAGCUAUAUUAAAGUGUACCACGGAAGUGUUUUGAGCCCUGUCACCUGUGUUUAGUGAUCGCCCUAUUGUUAGAAAGUGAUUCUACCUGCUGCAGUUUUUCUAUACCGAUGGGUCUGCGGUGAUGGGGAUGUGGAGCGGCGUGGUGGCGCUGUGGUGCGCGGCGGUGGUGAUCACCGCCGCCUCCGGCUACACGGUCGACUGCAAUCACGAGUACACCGACUGCGAUACAGAACUCAGUAAAAUAAUAAGUGAAGAUGAAGAUGUACUACCUCAAGCAGCUUCUAAUAUUGAAGUUACAGCUACAGCAGCACCAACUACAACCACGGCAUCACCGACUCGAUCUACAGUUAGGAUUGAUGUAACUACAGAAAAUAAAACUGAAAUAGAAGUGACUACAGUGGUUGCAGAUGUUACAGAAUCAAUUAAACCUAAGCCUAGAUUACUUAAUUUAAAUGUAGAUGAUUUACAAAGUUUUGCAAAUGCACUGCACAAUCAAACUGACGAAAGAGACCAUAAGAAACAUUUAGGUGAUUUAAGUGAUGUCAAUUUAGAUGGUGAAGAAGAAGAGGAACCUUCGAGGAUAGCAGGGAACGAAUCAAAGAAUAAUAAUGUACCUGAUAAAUUCUUUAGCAAUCUUCAAGCACCAUUUCAUCCUUUAUUGACAGCUGACAAAGGAUCAGAUGAAAUGGAUACUUGUAGAGAGAACGAAGUAACAUACAAGAUCGGCGAACGCGUGGACCGAGGUUGUGAAGAAACCUGUGAAUGUACCUCAGGAGGAGUAUUCGAAUGUUCUCCAAAGUGUAAACAUCCAUACAUUCGCCGUGGUAGGCGGCUCAACGAUCCUCUGUGCUUUGAGUCGCCAGUUGAUGACUGCUGUUCUAUAAUCGCGUGUGCUACUGGAAAUGGAGAACCGAAACCCACAAGAUUGGAGGUAUGUCGUUAUGGUAACGACACAUAUCCAGUGGGUUCUAAAUGGAACAUCGGCUGCGAACAGUCAUGCAUAUGUGAACGGAACUCUAUCGUCACCUGCAAACCAAGGUGCAACCCCAUCCCGCCGUCAGACAAAUGCAUAAACGUACAAGACCCAAAGGAUGCGUGCUGCGAAGUGCAAGUGUGUGAUGUGUCUCAAGAUGUUCACGAGGAGAUCGAUAACAUCACCAGCUCCACCACUGCCAGCUCAUACCAUAUUGCAAAAGGAUCAGAAGAAUCGGAAGAAAACAUUGUUAAGUCAACAAUGCGGCCACUUGUGCUAACUGAGCCAAUUGGCUCAGUGAAAGUGUUACAAAACAAUACUGUACAAGUAAAUUUAAUGCAUAUGAACAAUAGUGAAGACCCCAUUCAUUUAUUACUCAGUAGCGACGGAGGAAAGAGUUUCAAAGACGUAGAACUUAAGUAUUCUAAUCUUAUUUUGAAUUUAGAAGGAGGCAAAGAUUACAUACUUAAAACGAAGGAAACUGGCACUAAAUUUAAUUUUACUAUAACGGCCACUGAUAGCGUAGCGAAUGAAGUACCUACUGAAGAUGUCAGUAAUGCUACCAAAAUUGGUUGUUACCAGGAUGGACAUUUUUAUGCCGUUGGCGAGGAGUUCCACAUCGGGUGCACGGAGCUGUGCGAGUGUACAGGCGAUGAUGAGCGCGAGUGCGCGGCGCUGGUGUGCCCGUCGCACGUGGGUCUGGAGCUGAUGUCGCGCGGCUGCGUGCGCUGGGACAAGUCGCCGCCCGCGCAGCCGCCCAACUGCUGCCCGCGUACCGCCCGCUGUCUCAGCAACGGCACCUGCAACUACAAUGGUGUUUUAGUGCCAAAUUGGAAUGAAGUACCACUAUCCCUGACUGGUUGUGAACUGCGAUGUUUCUGUGAGAACGGUGAGGUGGACUGUCAGGAGGCAUGCAGUCCCCUCCCACCAGUCCCUCCUCCAAACUUCCGCUGUCCCCCUAUGCACAGACCAGCACCGGUCAACAUUUCCGACGAUGACUGCUGUAAACACUGGGGGUGUGUUCCUAAUGCAGGAUUCACGAAUGGAUCUUAUUAUGAUAUGUCAACUACUGGCGGAUCAUCUGUCAACUAUGUGACGCCAGUGGCUCCAUUAUCACCGAUGACCACCUCAGUACUACCACAACCACAAGACGCGACUGAUCCCAUUGACUUCUAUAAACAUUUAAGUCCAGUAAAAAGCUUCCCAAAAAUAAUCAAAACGACCAGUCCUAUUUUUAAUGAUAUCCCUAAAUAUUCUAUAGAAUCUGCAAAACACGGCGACAAUAUCACAGUAUUCACUUUGGAUGAUUUAGAAUCGCCAUUUAAAAUUAUUCAUCCUGAUACAUCCUUGACUAGCAGUAAUAGUCACUGGGAGAUGCAACAUCAGGAAAUUGUUAAACCGUCUACAAUGGAUACUUUUAAAUUACAUUCUGAUAUGCAACCAACUAGACAAUUAUACAGAAAUCAUAAACCUAAUUUUAUAUUGUCUGAUGUCAAAAUGCAUGAUAUAAUUAAAGAACCAGUCAAUAAACAGCCGCUUCCUAUAGAGUCAUACAUUACUCCCAAUGGUGUGGUCGAUAAAACCGAUCAUGGCCCAAUUAAUAAUCUACCUUCGCAAACAUUUGGCAACUAUUUUUCACCUGCUUACGAGUUCCCGCCGCCUUCAGCGAAAGUUCAGAAUAUAGCUUAUAUUUCCAGUACAAUUCCACCUAAAAAAGUAAAAUUUUAUUUCGAACCUGUUAUACAAAAUCAAACAUCGAGAUAUCUGUUAUCAAAAGAUUUAGCAGAUUCUCCAACUUACAAUAAAGAAAAUCAAGAACAUCCUUUUUACAAUAUGCGUGGAAAACAUAUAACUAUACUUCGUUCUAAAGACUUCAAAACAGCAAUUCCACCGAAUAAUGUGAACGAUAUCAAUCUAUGGGGUCAAGAUACUAAAACUCAUUUAUUAAGUAAAGUACCCAAUCCAUAUGAAACAGUGCUACUAAGAGCUGUACCAAAUACUAAAAUCGAAGUUUCACCAACAUUAAAUGGAAAGGGUCCACAUAAUUCUGAUAAAGCAUAUACAGCUUUAGAUUUAGAACAUUUAUUAAAUCAAAUGGAAGUGGAAUCUGAAGUAAAUAGAAAUCUUGGACGGUCAGCGGAUAAAAACAAGAAUGCUGUCGCGUCAGGUAACAUCAUGCCAUCUGAUUUCCCAUCACAAUCAUCUCGUCCAUUCCUUCCGACAGUUCGUCCUGAAAUUCACUUCCCUCAAGAAGACAUUCCUGAUUAUGGCCAGAACAACAUUCAUCAUCCGUCAAUAGAUGGAUUACCAGGUUUACCUCCAGGACUCCCAAUACCACCGGCAUAUGGAGACGAUAAUAAGAAGCUAGUCGUGUUAUCCAUGCAAGCGGACUCCCCAACAAGUGUCAAGAUGCUGUUCGGAUUACCACCUGUGCUGGUCGGAUUAAGAGGCAGCGUUGAUUUGAGAUACACUGAUCAAGCGGAUGAUGACAUAUCGCAUUGGUACUCGCAAGUGUUUGCUCCAACCGACGAGGUCCUCACUACUCCUCGGCUAGAGUUCUCUUUAAAUGGUUUGAAACCUUCCACCACAUACAAAAUCCGAGGGAAACUGUUCCUGCAUAAUUUGCCAGUAGAACCAGAAAGCGAGAUUCGUGUCGUCCGAACUUUGGAUCUGCCCACGAUUGCAUCAGUAGAAGAGAAACGAAGAGAAAUUGACAGCCAACUAACGGUAAUGGAAGUGAAUGAUACAUCUGCCCACAUGAGUUGGAGACAUUUCACAGAAGAAGAACUACAAUUCAUUGAUGGAAUACAAAUCAGGUAUCGUCCAGUUGGCACACCAAUCUACAGUAUGACGGAGUUACUUCAUCAUAGUCGAUCAACGGCUGAACUUCACGACUUACGCCCAGGGAGUCAAUACGAAGCCUCCCUCGUAUUGGUACCUCCGCCAAGAGCCCUCACAGAAUUACAUGAUCCCGGAAUAGUUGAAUUCACUACAUUGCCUUACGUCGAUCCAUACAACUGGACGGUAACAAUCGAGGCCCGAGCGGUUGGUUCGGAAGCUGCAGAGCUCACAUGGCGUGGAGUGCCGUCCCCCGCAGAACGUUGGGUACGCGUGUACCGAGCGGCACACGCGUGUGGCACCCCUUCACCGAGGAAAGAGCACGACGCCUUCAGACUCGCAGCCAGAGACCUUCCCCCGUCUGUCACACUUACAGGCUUGGAGCCUAAUGCCAAGUGUCGAGUCUGGUUGGAGUUGUUCCUAACGAAUGGUAAAGUUAAGACAAGUAACGUUUUGGAGAUCAACACGAAGUCUUUGGACUCUCCCGAACCCGUAGAUAAUGAAAUCGAAGCGGCUGGCGUGUCGGGAAGCCGCAGCGGGCCGCGUGGUGACUACUACGGCGCGCUGGUGGUGGUGGGCGUGGUGGCGGCGCUGGGCGCCCUCACGUCGCUGCUACUGCUGCUCGUGGUGGUGCGCCGCCAUCGACCACGCUCAGUGGCCAUCACUCCCUUGCCCACGGCUCCUCGUGAAUCGUCGCUGCCGCCAUAUGAUAAUCCAGCGUACAAACUAGAAUUGCAGCAGGAAACUAUGGAUCUCUGACAAUUAAGCUCCCGUGGCCACAUGAACGGGCUCAACGGGAUUUCGGAACGCGCUGUUGACGUACCAAAUGGCCGCUCUUACAAUGAAAUGGGCGUUUGAAAUGUCGCGAAGCAGAUCUUAAUUCGCUCGCAAAUUGUAUAUAAACAAAAUACGUGAAUAGUGGUAAAAUGAACACAGACUAUGUGAAAGUUAUGCAAAUUGAGAUAUUUAUCUCUUUUAGUGAUUACAAUACAAGUUCAAAUUACGUGGUACCUACUGUGAACAGAAUUGUUGAUUAUAACGAAUUUAAUGAUGACAUUCCACGGUAGUUGAAUGUUGAAAUUAUUUAGACGUAGACUUUUUUAUUUAAAUGUUUUGGUAUAUAUUUUUUAUAUUAAUAGGUACUAUAUUUUUUAAUCUCUAUUGAGAUUAUAAUGCUCACAGUGAAAUGAUGAUAAUUUUAUAUCCUAAAAUUCUAAAAUGUUGCCAUUUAGUAUCUUUUUUAUAUGUUGUUACAUGAAUUUACCUAAAUCUCUAAGGCCUUUGUACCUCCACCUACAUAUUAUAGACACGUCUUUUACUUCGUCCACUAUCAUCACAAUCUUUUGGAAGUUCCAUUUCUUUUUUGGAUAAUUGUAUAUGUAUAAUCUAUUCGAACAAUACCAGUCUAUCUUUCUAAGUACAUAUGCAUUGAUCUAUCUAAACUAAAAAAGUUCUUAAUUUUGUCUCCAGUGCUGUUUGGGACACAUGCAUGCAUGAGAUGUAAAAAAAAUGGACAAAGCACGAGAUGAGAUGUAAAAAUAGAGUAUCGUCGCCCCAUACUUACCCAUUAAGGUACCUAAUGUGAACACAGUGAUUGAAUUCAACAAUAUUUUUUGAUAGAACUAUUGUAACUAUUUUUUACAAGCUGAUUAUAAAAUAUCUUUCUAUAGACGUGUCUCUUUUGUAAAUAACCCAAUCUUAAAAUUGUAAAACGGUAUUAUAAUUUCAAUUUUUGUAAUCUGUUAGUACGUCUGUUUGUCCGAGCGUAAUUUAUGUUAAUAAUAUUAAUUAUAUUUUAACACAUACAUACACAGUUAUAAGUUUAAAAAUCAGUUCCAAUAGUUCAAUCAAGGAGAACAGUUAAACAUAACCCUCACAAUUUGUAUAUAGUGUUAAUAUAGCUAACUUUUUUAUUAUAUCCAUAUCCUGUCUUGUAAAUUUAAUGCGAUGAAUAUUGUUAAAACUAUUGUAAUUAUACAACUUUUAUUUAA